UUCAUGAGUCUUCCCCCACCGUCCUGCAAAAAAAACAACAACUCACGAGCCGGGCGGUACUGUAUCCGCCUCGACGGCUGCCUUGUUGAAGGAAGUAAAGUCUGUCAAACAUGAGUUUCCACUACGGCCAGGGCUAUCCCGGAGCAGGAGGACGCCAGCCACCACCAGGUGCUGCAUACGGGGGAGGCAGUGGUCCCUACGGGCCUACCCCCUCAGGUCAAUACGGAGGUGCAACCCACCAACCAGGAGGUCCUUAUGGUGCAUACGGAGCCCCAGGGCAACCAGGAGGGCAGUAUGGGCAAGGACCAGGGGGUGCCCCCGCCGGGCAUUACGGGGGUUAUGGGGGACAACCACAUGGAGGACAAUAUGGACAACAUGCCCCUGCAGGUAACAUCCCUCCUGGUGUCAACCCGGAGGCGUACCAGUGGUUCCACACUGUAGACACGGACCGCAGUGGCUUCAUCAACCUGAAGGAGCUGAAGCAGGCACUUGUCAACUCCAACUGGUCGGCUUUUAACGACGAGACCUGCCUCAUGAUGAUCAACAUGUUUGACAAGACGCGGUCGGGUCGAAUGGACCUGUUUAGCUUCUCAGCAUUGUGGGAGUUCAUGCAGCGGUGGAGGGCGCUCUUUCAGCAAUACGACAGAGACCGCUCAGGCUGUAUCAGCGGCACGGAGCUACAACAAGCCCUUGCUCAGAUGGGUUACAACCUGAGUCCCCAGUUUUCUGAGACGUUGGUGCGACGCUUCACCUUGCAAGGCGGACGCCCCGGCAUCCAACUAGACCGCUUCAUCCAGGUGUGCACGCAGCUCCAGACCAUGACGCAGGUCUUCAGGGAGAAAGACACGAGCAUGACGGGCAACAUCCGCCUUAACUAUGAGGAUUUCCUCUCCGGGGCCGUCACCAGGCUCAUGUGAGCCUCCUUUCCACUGGCAAUCCCUCUGCACUGGGCAUUCACAUUAUCAUUCCAUUUUCAGGUCAUAUUUUGCCCAGUUUUUAAUGCUCUGCCAUAAGUGCUCCCCCCCAACAACUGUUGGUACUGUGUAUGCAGUAUGUCAGCUGGAACACAUUAUUCCAUGGCUUGUUGCUGUAAGUAGAUAAAGUCUCACACCAUGCACUUAAAUAGAGCUCAGUGGCUAUUAUAAAGGCAGCUGAAGUUUUUACUGGAUUUCACCAGAGGGUCAGCAGGUUAUUGUGAAAGGGAUUGUUUAGAAGGUAACUGAUUCUGUAGAGUCCCAUUCAUAAUCUUACCAUAUAUGCCUUGGUGACAGACAGUUUCUUGUUUACUAGUACCAGUAUUUGAUUGAAUAGUUUAACUGAGAUACACACUUGCUUAAUUCCCCGAAUGUUGACCCGACCACCCCUGUAACCACAUAUCUGUCAGGUCGGAAUCAGUGUAAAGACGGAGAGAAGAGAUAGAGAAUGAGAGAAGAUCAUUAUUCUGCUCCCACAGUGGAAUUCCAGACUGCAUGACAAUAAUUAUGCUGACCAGCAAGUUCAUACCCUGUGAUUUUGCUCACAUCUAGCCUUAACAUGACCCAAUGCCGUUGGAAAAUAGCCUUUUAUAUUGUAAAUGUAUUUCAGGAAUAUUCAUCAUUCUCAGAGCUUAUUUCCAUGCAAUGGUCGCGCAUUGUAUAACACAUUGCUUUGUAUUGUAAUGUGUGUAAUUAAUCCAAAUAGGGCAACAUUUAUA